AUGGCUGAAAACAGGAGACGUAGACGUGAAGAUAACGAAGAUUUGGACUCUGAUAAUGAAUUGCCACCUUCCUCACCUCAGCAAGGAAAUAAUGAUGAUGGCAGAAGAUUAUUCAACACAGUAUCUUCACCAAUUGGUUCACCUGAUGAAAGUGACAUGAUUAACCCAGAAGGCGGAGAUAAUGAGAUUCAGUCUGACCCAGAUAUUGAUGAAGUGGAAGAACAAAUGAAUGAAGUUGAUUUGAUGGGAGAUGAUAUGUACCAAGAUUAUGCACUUGAUGCCGAGAAAGAUACUUACGAUAUGAAUCAAGUGGAUGAUAGGAGACAACGAGAAUUAACAGCAGCUGAACGUCGUCGUAUAGAUGCUCAAUUGAAUGAAAGAGAUAGAUUGUUGAAAAAUGUUGCCUACAUGGAUGACGAUGAUAAUGAGGAUGGUGCUGCAGGAGCUCUUGAUGAGAUGGGAUUGCCGAUCCAAAGACGUAGAAGGAGAAGACAAUAUGAGGAUUUGGAACAAGGCGAUGAUGAUUUACUGAGUGACAUGGAAAUUGACCCGUUAAGAGAAGAAUUGACUUUGGAAUCCAUAAGUAACGUUAAAGCUAACACUUACUCUGAAUGGGUUACACAACCUAAUGUUUCAAGGACUAUUGCGAGAGAAUUGAAAUCAUUUUUAUUAGAAUAUACAGAUGAGACAGGAAGAUCUGUAUACGGUGCGCGUAUUAGAACUCUUGGUGAAAUGAAUUCAGAAUCUUUAGAAGUAAAUUAUAGACAUUUAGCAGAAUCUAAAGCUAUUUUAGCGUUGUUUCUUGCGAAAUGCCCCGAAGAAAUGUUGAAGAUUUUUGAUUUAGUCGCCAUGGAAGCCACAGAGUUACAUUACCCAGAUUAUGCUAGAAUUCAUUCGGAAAUUCACGUCAGAAUAUCUGACUUCCCAACGAUACAUAGUUUGAGAGAAUUACGUGAAACGAAUUUGACUUCAUUAGUUCGUGUUACAGGUGUUGUUACCAGAAGAACUGGUGUUUUUCCACAAUUGAAAUAUGUCAAGUUCAACUGUCUCAAGUGUGGUUCUAUUUUAGGUCCUUUCUUUCAAGAUUCAAAUGAAGAAAUUAGAAUUUCAUUCUGUACAAAUUGUAAAUCUAAAGGUCCAUUUAGUAUCAAUGGUGAAAAGACAGUCUAUCGUAACUAUCAAAGAAUCACUUUGCAAGAAGCACCUGGUACAGUCCCUGCUGGUCGUUUGCCAAGAUACAGAGAGGUUAUCCUACUUGCGGAUCUGGUUGAUAUUUGUAAACCUGGUGAAGAAGUUGAAGUUACAGGGAUAUACAAAAAUAACUAUGAUGGUAAUCUUAAUGCUAAGAAUGGCUUUCCUGUUUUUGCCACUAUUAUUGAAGCUAAUUCAAUUAGAAGAAGAGACGGACACGCGUUAAAUGACGGCGAAGAAGGUUUAGAUGUUUUUAGCUGGACUGAAGAAGAGGAACGUGAAUUCAGAAAAAUGUCAAGGGAGCGUAACAUUAUAGAUAAAAUUAUAUCUUCUAUGGCGCCAUCCAUUUAUGGUCACAGAGACAUAAAGACAGCUGUCGCUUGUUCUUUAUUUGGUGGUGUUCCCAAAAAUGUCAAUGGUAAACAUGCGAUUCGUGGUGAUAUUAAUGUAUUACUAUUAGGUGAUCCAGGUACAGCUAAAUCUCAAAUUUUGAAAUAUGUGGAAAAGACGGCCCAUAGGGCUGUUUUCGCUACUGGUCAAGGUGCCUCUGCUGUUGGUUUAACAGCUUCUGUUAGAAGAGAUCCGAUAACCAAAGAAUGGACUCUAGAAGGUGGUGCGUUGGUUUUGGCUGAUAAGGGUGUUUGUCUAAUUGAUGAAUUCGAUAAAAUGAAUGAUCAAGAUCGUACAUCUAUUCAUGAAGCGAUGGAACAACAGAGUAUAUCUAUUUCCAAGGCCGGUAUUGUUACAUCUUUGCAAGCUCGUUGCUCAAUCAUAGCGGCUGCAAAUCCAAAUGGUGGCCGUUAUAAUUCUACGUUGCCACUUGCACAAAAUGUCAAUUUAACUGAGCCUAUUCUUUCGAGAUUUGAUAUUCUUUGUGUUGUUAGAGAUUUAGUUGAUGAAGAGGCUGAUAAAAGAUUAGCUUCAUUCGUGGUUGAUUCUCACGUUAGGUCUCAUCCAGAAGGUGGCGAAGAUAAAGAAACCAAGGAGGAAGCGAACAAGACAGCUGGUAAUGAUGAUGACGAUGCGAUGGAUGGGGAACAGGAAAUAUCUGCUAGACAGAGAAAAUUAAACAGACAAAGAAAGAAGGAAGAAGAAAUUUCACCGAUAUCACAAGAAUUUUUAAUGAAAUAUAUUCAUUAUGCCAAGACAAAAGUUCACCCAAAAUUACAUCAAAUGGACAUGGAUAAAGUUAGUAGAGUAUACGCUGAUCUAAGAAGAGAAAGUAUAACAACUGGUUCUUUCCCAAUCACCGUUCGUCAUUUAGAAUCUAUUUUAAGAAUUGCGGAAUCUUUUGCCAAGAUGAGAUUAUCAGAAUUCGUGUCAUCUUGGGAUUUAGAUAGAGCCAUUAAAGUGGUUGUAGAUUCAUUUGUUGAUGCACAAAAGAUCAGUGUACGUCGUCAACUUCACAGAUCAUUUGCAAUUUAUACUCUGGGUCAACGACAAUAG